AUGCCCGCCCCUCGCCUUGUCACGCUCUGGAAACAAUGCUCCUCCCAACCGCUGACCCUGGCUUCCAUAAUUCUGCUAUCAGUUACCGCCAUAUCCUCACUUAGAUUCCUGAUAGUCCCGAAUUUGCGACGACUGCACCUCCAGGUGAACCUGACUUUGUUCGACUAUGGUUUCUACGGGUUCUAUCCAACUCGUGACUAUGUUUCUGUUGAAUACAAGUCUCCAGACGUCGAAAUUGCCCAGUGGGAUGCCGAAUGCAGCCACGACUACGUUUUCAUUGCGCCUCAUGGAAAUGCAGUCGAGGAUCCCGCUGCCAUGAUUCUAGAUUCGCGUGGCAACCUGGUCUGGAUGAUGCCUUUCUUUGAUGGAGCACAGGAUUUCCGUGUUCAGGAGUAUCUCGGCGCCAAGUACUUGACAUAUUGGCAUGGUCGAGGCUCUUGGUCUAUGCUAGAUUCAUCGUAUAUCCACCGAUUCGAGAUCGAGCCAGUCGGAAACUUCGAUGGAAAUAUGCAUGAUCUCCGAAUCACUGAAAAUGGAACUGCUCUCAUCACUAUCUACGAAACCAUUCCUACAGAUCUAUCUACAAUCGGAGGGCCCUUAUACGGAUAUAUCCGCGAUUGCCUCUUUCAAGAAAUAGAAGUUGGGACAGGAAAACUUCUGUUUCAGUGGCGCAUAUCCGACCAUGUGCCCUUCGACAGCUCGUUCAAAGAGAUAAAAGGAAGCGGUUGGGAUCGUGAUGAUGCGUAUGAUGCAUAUCAUGUCAACAGUAUAGACAAAGAUCAAUUUGGAAACUACCUGCUUUCUUCGCGUCACACCCAUUCCAUACUCAGCAUUGACGGAAAGAGUGGCGAAAUUCUAUGGACUUUAGGGGGGAAGUUCAACGAUUUCAUCGACAUCUCAGAGGGCAAAGCCACCGACUUCGCGUGGCAGCAUGAUGCACGAUGGCACGAUGAUUAUACCUUAACGCUUCUGGACAAUACCGCCGAAUGGUUUCUCGAUGGACCGACGCAGAGUCGUGCCAUGACUCUUGAGCUUGACGUACCGAAUCGAGUCGCCAGGCUACGAGCAACAUAUUUCCACCCGGAGGGAAUAAGAGCUACCUCACAAGGCAAUGUGCAAGUGUUAUCUGAGUCAGGCAAUGUAUUUGUGGGAUGGGGCCACUGUGCCGCCUAUACCGAGUUCUCGAAGAACGGACGAGUCUUGUGCGAUACUCAUUUUGGGCCGUCUAACUGGUUUCAACUUGGACAAGUCGUCUCAUACCGUGUCACAAAAAGCAGUUGGAUUGGACGACCGAAUACUAUCCCUGCAGCCGCGGUAAUUGGGUCAUCCGUAUUUGUCAGUUGGAAUGGUGCGACAGAAGUUGUCGCCUGGCGACUUGAACUAUGGGACGGCUUCAGCAUCGAUGAUAUGCAAUUUGACCCGUCCAAAGUGGUCAAGAAGGAUGGGUUUGAGACAGAGAUUGAGCUUCCCCCGGAUCUAUCAACAGUCUAUUACCGCGUCGUUGCAUUGAAUGACCAGUAUGACAUUCUCGGCAUGACCGAGGUCCUAGGUAAACAACAAAAUUGGGCCUUUCGGGAUCUUGUUCAGAGCUAUGUCGGGUUGUUCUCACAAGGUGUGGGGCUUUCUAUUUUUAUGCUUGGCUGCUCGUUUCUACUGGUAGCCUAUUGGGCUUUCAAGAAAUGUGCUUGCCCGUUUAUAUCCCAUCAUUACCGCCUCGUCCCAUCAAAUAUUAAUGAGAAUGGUGAGGAUGAGGUUUCGUUGUCGCCACUUUAG